UGGCUCAGCAUGCUGGCCUCAUCCCAAGCAGCUCUGUCCCCCUGCUCAGUGUCACCCUGGAGCCGUAUCCAUGCAAGUUCCUGCUGACGUGGUGGACCCCGCUGUCUGUGGCUUCCCAGACACGGACGCUCAGGCGCCGCCCAGUCUGGGGUUCGGGGUCCAGGUGGCUUCCCAAGCAGCUCUGCAUCUGGCAGUGGAUUUUGGAGAUGGCUCUGGGGUCCAAGUGACGGUCUGCAAUGUGUCCGGGGGAAUGGCGGUCACUGCCUACCACCAAUUUGGAAAAGGAGGAGUCCACGUGCUCCGGGCGUUUAUCUACGAGUUCUGUGGAACUGAAAAGGAGCUGGGGCCUUACUUUUUGGAGGUUGGCCCUGCGACCAUGUCCGUGUUCAUGAAUUCCAGCAGCAUCCACAAGGACGAGCUUCUCGUCUUUGCCGGCCCCGGCAUGGGUCAGGAAGGCUCCGUUGUCUCACAUCGAUUUCCAGCCGGUCCCUCGAGCAACGUGACCUUCACGUCUCAGAGCCGAGCAGGGGGCAGCCGGGCGUGGGACCGUGUGACCGUCCGGUAUCACAUGCAGCCCGUCUCUGUCUACACAAACGGAACCAUGUUUGCCACCGACGCCCACAUCACUUUUCUGGCUGUUACUGAGGAAACGACACCCCUGGAGUUCACGUGGUCAUUUGGAGAAGGUCCAGCCGUGAGGACAACGUCCAGAAGCAUUAAGAAAAGACUCGGUGUCCCCCGGUGGUACAACGUGACGGUGCGGGCCACCAGCGAGCUGGGCAGUGUGGCCUCGGAGCCCCGCCGCAUCAGGACGCAGAGGAGAAUUGUUGCCAAUCGGCUUGCGUCCCCCUCCUCAGCUCUGCUGAACACCAGUGUGACGUUUGAGUUCAGGCUCAACUUUGGCACCGAUGUCACUUUCCUGUGGGACUUUGGGGACGGCACCGUGGGCCCAGGGGACAGUUCGGCCAGUCACACCUACAGCAGGGAAGGAGAGUUCACUGUCCAGGCCCUUGCCUUCAACGACGUCAGCGCCGCCUCCCUGCGAAAGCAACUGUUCAUCGUGCGGGAGCCCUGCCAGCCGCCCCCCGUGCGGAACAUGGGGCCCAGGAAGGUGCAGGUGUGGCGGUCUCAGCCUGUGGCCCUGGCCGUGACGUUCGAGUCUGCAAUCCUCUGCAACAUCUCCCAAGGCCUCUCCUACACCUGGACCUUCUGGAACUCCCAGGGGUGGCCGGUGGCCCUGCCCCCAACCGUCAGCACGCACAGGCAGACGGUCACUGUCCCCAGCUACUUCCUGGCGCCCGGCAACUACACUGCUCUUGCCAGGGUGCGGGUGGAAGGCAGCGUGGUGCACAGCAGCUACAGCGUGGCGGUGGAGGUGCGAGCCCGGGCCCCCGUCAGCGUCAUCUCCGAGGGCACGCACCUGUUCCUCUCCAGAGCCCCCUCCUUCCCCGUCGUCCUCACGGGCUCCCAGUCCUACGACCCAGACCACCCGGGGGCCGUCCUCAGCUAUCACUGGAAAUGCACCGUGGCCAGCAGCCCCGGGCACUCCUGCUUCGCCACCUCCUCGCCACGCAGCCUGGAUGCCGGGGCUCCCUCCCUUGCCUUCCCUGCAGACUCUCUCAGCGACAGCUAUGACCAGUUUGUCGUGACGCUGACAGUGUCCAGCGCCGGCCAGAAUUCUUCAGAGGCGCAGGUGUUCCUGUCCCCUCGCCCCGACUCGGCACUCAGGUUUGUCCACAUCUCCUGGGUCAGCUUUAAGGACGUGUUUGUUAACUGGAACGAGGAGCUUUCUCUUCGAGCCGAGUGUGACGAGUGUGGUGAAGGCCCCCACCUGUCUUACUCCUGGGACCUCUUCCUGGUCAACGCGACCGAAAGGACCCGAAUGGAAGUCCCCUCUUGCAGAACAGUGGGGCUGCUGGGCGCUGCUGGCCUGGGGGCCAUUUCAAAGCUUCCAGAGCCCAGUCCACCAUCCACGGAGCCGAGCCAGCUGGAGCCCCAUGCAAUGGGCACACUGUCUUCUCGGGAGCUGUCACCACAGACCCAGGCCCCGCCAGUCCUCUCGGCCACCAGGAAACCCUCCUCGGGGCCCACAGUCAGCGGGCACUGGGUUCCUGCUGCAGGUGACCGGCGUUCCCCAGGACCCAGCCCCCCUCGGAGGUCGUCCCCCCAGGGCCCAUCGCCCACCCCCUCUGAUUUUGAAGCCUACUACAGCGAUCUCCAAGAAGCCAUGCCGCCCAGAGGGAGACAGCCCGCCGACUGGGCUGAUGCUAGCCUCCUGGGAGCAGGCCCGAGUUCGAGUCCUGAUGGAGGCCUUGGGGAUGGGGACAACCUGCUGGGCCCUUUGGAUACCCUGGCUGCCGCCAGGCCCACCCUCCUGGUGGACUGGCCCAAGUCCCUGGUCAGCCGCGCUCACUUCCACGGCUACACCUCCUCCGGUAUCACAGGACGCACGGUGACAAUAAAGCCAUUCUCACUGAGCCCCGGGGACACCUAUGUCCUACAAGCCUCUGUGGCUUCCCCGCACCGCGUCCUGGGGAGGGCUCAGCUGUUCGUGACGCUCAAUCCGGCUCCUCGGGACGUGGCCUGCCAGGUGCAGCCACAUCACGGCCUCGAGGCUCACACAAUCUUCGGCGUCUUCUGCAUGUCAGGGAGACCGGACUUCCGUUACGAAUUUAGUUAUCGGAUAGGAAAUGCCUCCAAACACACUCUGUACCACGGGAGAGACAGCCAGUACUACUCCACACUGCCAGCCGGCGAGCCCUCGGACGAUUACAAAGUCACAGUGUCCACCGCGAUCACAGACAGCGUGGGCUCCCGGGCACCGCCGUGCACCGUGACAGUGACCGUCCUGCCCCGUUUCCACGGGAAUCUCUGCCUGGAUGAGGACGCCUAUAACUCCAGCCUGAAGCAUCUCUCUACCCUUCAGCUGAUGGGCAGCUACACAGAGAUCAGGAACUAUAUCACCAUGAUGACCAGGGUCCUGACUCGUUGGGCUGCGGAGGACAGAAGUCCCUCAUGUGGCCAGUGGUCACAAAUACAGGAUAUGCUGAUUUCUUCGGCGUGCAGACUGCCUUUCGCAGAUCAGGAAGAAAUGAAUGAUUCCGUUUCCCUGUUAAGGAACCUCCUGCGCUUCCCUCAUAAGUUAAGUCUUACGAGUGCGGCUGUCAUCCUCAAAGCCGCCCGGGCGCUCCGGGCUCAGGGCCUGCUGCUGGGGAAGCUCGCGGUAGACGAGGACACGGUGCGUGAGCUCAUCUUGCUCGUGUCCGAGGUCUUGGAAGCAUGUGACCGGGAGAAACCGAGGGCUGCGGGCUUCCUGCAAGAAGAGGGGAUCGAAGUCAUCUCAGAUCUCUUGUUGGAUGGCCUCUCUGCGAGCAAAGAGCACCACCUCCACAUCAGCGCCGGCCGGAUGGAGUUCCGCAUGCUCCUCCAUCGCGACCUGCAGAGCUGCGUGCAGAGCCUGGGCUCCGUCCGGGUGCAUUUACCCGCGGACCUGGCUGGACAGAGUCCUGCAGGGGCGGCAGCGCAGGGCCCGUGCUACGUCAGCCAGCUCGUGCUCUUCAAGCAGAACCCGUUUCCAGGGCGUCCAGCUCCUGGUCAGAUCGGCCGGGUGAUGGCCCCGUCCCUGUUUAGCUGCUCCAGCAGGAAACCCAUCCGCAGGUGGCGGCUACGGGAACCCGUGACCGUGGAGUUCGGGGAGGACGAUGACAUGGAUACCAGGAAUAAGGCGACGUUUGUGCUGUUCCAGGAUAGAAUGAAUGUUCAUCAGGUCGUCGGGCCUUCCGCAGACGCCCAGGGAGCUCUGCACAUAAGGAUAGAAUUUUCUAGGCCCGCCUCGAGAGCUUUCCCGGUCAUGCUGCUGGUAAGGUUCUCCGAGCAGCCGACUCCUUCUGACUUCCUCGUGAAGAAGGUCUACGUCUGGGACCAGCAGACGGUGCAUGUGUAUGUACCUGCUGGUCCUCUGAGAGACACCCACUUGGGAUAUUUAUCCUUACUGGAUGCUGACUACGACAGAAGCCCUCUGAACAAACAUUUCGCACAGGCAGUGAACUACACGGUGUGUUUCCAGUGGGUGCGGUGCCUCUUCUGGGAAGAGAGGGAGUGGAAAUCCGCAGGCUUCUCUCCACGGCCAGGAACAUCUCCGGAGAAAGUGAGCUGCAGCUACGACCGCCUCGCGCCGGCGUCUGUGGCGAGAAGAAGCCUGAAUGCCACCUUUUCAAUGAGUGACGUUUCCAAGUGGCAGAGACGCCCGGAGAACCUGCUUCCCAGCAUCUUGAUUGUCGUUUUUACUGUGCUCUAUGCACUUCUGGUUACUAAAAGCAGACGUGAAGAUUUUCAGGAGAAGGAGAAAGCUGGUUACAUUUUUCUGCAAGAAGAUGCUCCUCCCGGCCAUCAGCUGUACGCACUUGUCGUGGACACAGGCUUCCGGUCCCCUGCCCGCUGCACUGCCAAGGUUUACAUUGUUCUACGUGGUGAGAACGGGUCUUCAGAACCCAGAGAACUCUAUUGUCCAGAGAAGCCCCUGUUCGAAAGGAAUUCCAGACACACUUUCGUCCUGAGCGCCCCCGCUCUGCUGGGCCCGCUCCGGGGCAUCCGCCUCUGGCACGACAGCUGUGGGCCCUCCCCGGCCUGGUAUGUGAGCCACGUCAUGGUGGGAGAGCUGGGGCCCGGGCCCAGGAGGAGCUGGCUCUUCCCCGCUGAGUGCUGGCUGGCCGCGAGCAGGGAGGACGGCCGUGUGGAGCGGGAGCUGGGCUGCCUGCGCCGGGGACUCGGCUUCCGGAAGCUCUUGUAUUCCAAGUUCACGGAGUAUCUGGAGGAUUUCCACGUCUGGGCCUCCGUGUACAGCCGGCCAUCCCCCAGCGGCUUCCCGCACACCGCGCGCCUCACUGUGGCCUUUGCCUUGCUGUGCGCAUACGCCUGUCUUGCCGCCCUGCUCACGGCGGCAGGACCAGAGCAGCUCCCAUGGGCUCUCGGCACCCCCGAUGCCACCGCUGGGCCCUUCCAGACAGGGCUCCUGUGCUCGCUGCUGGCUGCUCCCGGGGCACAGCUCCUGUCGCUGCUCCUGAGGCUCAGCCAGGUACGGGGCGGCCCGUCCACAUGCCCUGCUGGCCCGGGUCCUCCACACAGUAGCAUGCCUGCCCCCAGCAGCCUCCUUCCUUCUGCAGGGAGCCAGCGGGCUGUUCCGGAGGCCUAUUUCCUGAGGGAGGCUGUCUCCCAGAGAACCCUAGAUUCUGGCUUUAAUGUCAUAACUCGGACUUUGUUUAAAUCAGGCCCUCAUUCCCGCGGGAGGACGGCAGACGCCCACAAGAUGCAAGAGACACGGCUGGUCAGGCCCAGGGCGGUGGGGGGGGACCCCGAGCAGGGCGGAUCCUGCGGAGAGAUGGGCGUGUUCCGCAGGGAGCUCGAGGCCCACUGUCAGGAGCUGCAGCGGAGGCCAUGCGAGAGGGGCCUCAGUUCCCUCUGCUCCCCUGUGUGGGGCCACCCCUCUGCCCUGUCACGGGUCAGGGUCUCUCGGGGCACGCCAGGGCCCACGGGAGGGCAGCAGGUGACCAAAGUGCAGGCUGUCCAUGCCCAGAGCGGGGGCCCCGCGGAGCUGACCCCGGCCAGCAGGCUCCGAGGGAUUCUCGGAGCAUUCUCCAUGUGCAAGAAACCCCUCAUGGACAUGCCCAGAAUACCGGUCACCCGAUGUCUGCACACCCACGGCCCAGGCCCACUGACAGAAUUAACGACCACACUCGGGUGGACGGAAGUGAUGAGGUCUCUUACACGUACCUCUUCCUGCUCUCCCUUAGGCCCCGACAGCGGGCUUGGAGGACUCGCUGCUCUCCGGUGGCUGCGGGCGCUGCUGCCUUGGUCAGCAUCCGCGGCGUGGGCCGUUUGCGGGAUGGUCUCCGUGGCCUGUGGCAUAGGGACGGCGUUUCUAGGAUACAGGUUCGACCCGACUCAGUGUGUGCGCUGGCUGCACCUACUGACGGUGUCCGUGCUGUGCUGUGUUUUGGUCACGCAGCCGCUUCUGGUGGGCCUCGCGGCCCUGGGCUUUGCCUGGAGAAGGAGAGACGACGCGCACUUCUUCACCGAGUCCCUGCACGCGGCCACCAGAGACCUGCACUCGGAGCUGGAGGAGCGUGGGAGCUCCCGCACGCCCCACCCUGCCAGCCAGAUGGCAGAGAUGCUGGCCGCCCGACAGCGAGCUCGCCGCCUACGCUGGGCACGUCCGCCGUCCGUGGCCCAGCUCAGUGCCGUCAGGGAGAGGACGAGAAGAGAGACCCGGACACGAGUGGCCCUGAGAGACACCUGCCUGUGCUCCCUCAUGCUCCUUCUGCGCGCGCUUAUACUCUCUGGGCAGUGCUCCCAGGACCAACGUUCUCUCGGUCAAGCCAUCCGGAGUGAGUUUACGAGGGGAGCCGGGAGCGCCUCCGGAGGCCUGAGAAAUGUGGGGGACUGGUGGGGCUGGAGUCUGACCACGCUGCUGGACGGCCUGCACGGGGCAGGCGCCCCCACCGCCGGCCCGCCGGGCGCUCAGCCGGGAGCCCUUGGCGGGAAGUGCUACGUGCUGGGCGCCGUGCUGAUCCGGCAGUGGAGGGAGGCUCCCGGCGACGCGGGCGAGGUACGCCGCUCCCCGCCCAGCUCUGUGCGGCCUCCCAGCCCAGCUUCAGUGCUCACAGAGGACUGUCCUCCUCCACGUGGCCCCAAAGCUGGGGGCCCCCACGCCCCCUCCGUGACAGAUCCUGCCACCCAAAGAGUGGCCCCAAGCGGCCCUGGAAACUGUGGGGCCAGGGAUCCCUGGGUGCUCAGCCUGGGCCGCACCAGGCCGGCAGCGCACGCAGCCCUGAGCGGCCUCCGGGCCCGCCGGUGGCUCGACCGCAGCACCAGAGCCGUGUCCGUGUGCUUCACUCUCUACAACCCUCCCACUCGGCUCCUGUCCAGCGUGUCCCUGCGCACCGAGCUGCUGCCCACGGGGGACCUGGCCCUGUCCCCGCUGGUGCAGUCGCUGGCUGUCUUCGGCAGUGACUCGGCCCUGUGGUCCAGCCCCACGCUUCCCGAGCUGGCCUUCCUGCCGCUCAGCCUGACUCACGUCUGCUUGCAAGUCUGCAGCCUGGCCGAGGACGGCGGCCGCAGAUACUGGCGCAAACCAGGGAACUGGCUGGAGCUUGCCAUCCUGGGAGCCAACCUCGCCUGCCACACAGCCUCCAGCCACCUGGCCACGCUCACUGGGGACGUGACGGACCAAUUCCGCAGAGGAUAUUUCCAAGGAUUUACGGACCUCAGCCUCGCGGCCUCAUGGAAUCAGAGGGUGACCUGGCUCCAGGGGACCGUUUUGUUCCUCUUGACGCUGAAGCUCGCCUUCCUCGUUGGCGUUCAGAGCUCGACGGCCUGCUGCUCCCUCCUGCUGCGUCGCUCACGGGCUGGCCUCUGCACGGCAGUGCUGGCGGGCGUCCUGAUGCUGGCCGCCCGCUGCCACCUGCGCACGGUACCACCCUGCAUCUUCGCAGAUUUCUCCCGAGACCUGCUGUUCCGUCUUCCAGGAAGAAGCCAGACACACACAUCCCGUGGCCCUUCCGAGUCUGACCUGUGGGACCUGGCUGGGUGCUGCGGGGCCCUUUUCAUAGCAGUGAGCACCGUGUGGUGGGGAAUGCUCAGAGGGUCCCUCGCGACUCUUGCUCGAAAAAGGAAAUCUUUUCAAAGCCAGUCGCUCGUGAACCUGGCCGACCUGACUGCCUACGUGCGGGGGGCGGUCCUGGCCCAGUUGGGAGCGCGGAAGCCACCACAGGAAGAGGCUGAUGUGGCCGUGAGGCGUAAUCACUACCUGGAUGAGGUCUCCGAUCUGCUGGACGAGCUCCUGUGGAAGAUUCACGAGGCUGUUGAAGUGGAACCAGCAAAUGGGCUGCUGAUGGCCCAGAGGCCUGGAGCCAGGAGAGGCACGUGCUGCGGGCGGGACACGGUGAACAGGCAGGUGAGUGUCAGGCUCCCUGAGAUCCAGACAGACACCGUGCUGCCCGGACUGGCCGCCGUCACGCAGCCCAGUGGCACAGGCGUGCUCCCCGGCCCGCCGCAGGUGCCUCAGCCUGCUCUCGGCUGGGCCGCGUCCAGCCACCGGGACAGAGCUGCGCCAGAGGCCUUGCCCCGAAUCCGGCCUGAUGCCCGGGACCCGCUGCUCUGCGGGAGCGGCCGGGCCACUGAGACAGUCGCAGCUUCGAGAAGCAAGAGCGGUUUUUCCUGCCGAUUUGCCACGCGAUUCCCUUUUAUGGGCAGGGCCGAGUCAGACAGGAGCCUCCUGACCGCGGUUACGUCGGCUGAGCGUGUCCGCCCUGUGAAGCAGCCCAGCGCCAGGCUUCCUAUGUCAUCGUUCAACCUGGGUUCGUGUUCACUCACCAAGUACGGCGGCGGCACAGUUUCAGCAGCUGGAAGCCGGGGCCUGGUGAUGUCUGUGUCCCCCAAGAAGACACAGUGUUCCUGGAACUUGGAAAAUACGAGUCUCCGAAUUGGGGACAAAGUUCUUAGCGACUCCGGUGCCCACUUGGAUCAGCAGCAGGACGUGCCUCUUCAUGAGAGACUGCAAGUGGCCGUUCAUGGUGCAGACCCUGGGGUACAAGGUCCCCCCAAGCCCCAGCAUGAUGAUCUGCAGACGGAGACCCUCUCCGUGGCCAGGCUAGCCCAGGGCCCUCGGAGAACACGGGGGACGAAGCUGCGCUCAUCCGGGACCCGGCGGGCUGCCUCUCGCUCGGCCCUACCCCACGCCAGGCCUCACCACGCCCCUCUCCGACCACUCAUCACCCCGGUCGGGGCUGAGCGCCUCCCGUGCGCCAGGCCUGGGACAGGACGGCGCCAUGAGCAGGACCCAGGGCUGUGCACGGUCACUCAGGCCGCAGACACGCUGUCUUCACGAAUCCCAGCGAGCUGGGUGGUCCACGUGGAGAGCAGGUGCCCCACGAGGCCCCCUCGUCACACGUCCCGGUGCUUGCGUCUCACCCAGGCGAGCUCUGCCCCCUUGUCUCAGACACGGGAAGCCCAGAAGAAUGUGGCAUUGGCCUACGACAGCCCAAUUUCCAGCAAUCCACCCAAACUCUCAGCUUCAGAUGUUUCCAGGGACAAGGCUCAGAGCCUGGAGAUGGGGGCGAGUCCCCGGCCCAUUUGCCGGGGGCCCCCAGAUUCAGCAUCAGAGGCCAGCUCCCACUCAGACGCGAGAACCACCCUGCAAACCCCACUACACAUCGCCCACAUGCUGGGAAUGUCUGCGCACACAACCAUGAGGCGCUCUGAGAAACCGGCCGGGGGUCUGACAGCUCCGGAGCCAGGCACGAGGUGGAACGGCCAGAAGGUGGACUGUGCGGCCAUCGGGAAACAGUCUGGCAUCGCCCCCGUUGGGUCCUGGGUCCGCCCUCGGGUGACGCCGGGCAGCACAGCUAUGGCAACAACCGCUGCUGAGGACGUGGAGGAACUGCCCAUUCCUGCUGUGGGGCCGGGAGGCGGGACCCACCGUGGGGCUGACCCUGACCAGCGGGCAUCUCUGGCUUUCCUUCUGGACAGAGAUCUCUUCAAACCAACCCUGGCAAGUCCUGUGGAGAAGUCGGUCUGCCUGUGGCUCUGUGCAGACCAGCGGGAGCCGGGGCCAGGCCUCUCCAUCAGCCUGGGGUGGAAGGAGCUGGAGCUGGCCGCAAGCGCCCCAUGGCCAGGCCUGGAGGAGGGAGUGGCAGCGGGCUGA